AUGGCCAAGGGCUCCUUGUGCCCGAUCGCAUUGCUUCUGUGGGGUCUCCCCUUCCUGGCAUUUGCAUAUGAUGUUCCCGUCAUGAAAGACGUCGACGUCGCAAAGCUGGCCGGAAAGUGGUACCCACUGAUUUUCAUCAAGACGGACAGUAAUCCGAAACCAACCUACGCGUACAUAAUAGAGCCCAUAAGUGAUGGAGGCCUCUCGGUGAACAUGCAGAUCCCUAAGAAUCAGGCCUGCAUUGUGAAAAAGAUACCCAUGCGCAAGACCAGCCCUGGAGUCUUCACCUUCCCAAACGGAACUGGGACCAUCAUGGAUACGGAUUACAAGACUUACAUCUUCAGCCACUUUGUCAUAGGAAACACCAACUUGAUGGAACUUUCUGGCCGAGAUAAGAAAGUACCUAAGGAGGUCAAAGAGAAGUUCAAAGCCUUGGUCAAAAAAGUGGGGCUGAAGCCGAGGCAUCGCAUCGAACUGCAGGAAAAAGAGGGCCUCAAAGAGGGGCUGGGCUUAGCACAGCGGGCUAAACCUCAAGCUGCAGAAAAUGCUGCUAAUCGAAAGGUCGGCGGUUUGAGCCCAAGUUGGGGUCCCUAA